AUGCCGCACGAAUGCACGCCACGCAGUUUCACCCCCACUCGCACCAAGAGUUUGCGGCGCCGUUUCUUCUGCGGUUGGCUUGCAGGUUGUGGGUCCUGUGCGCCCAUGGCGGACGCCCCCUCCGACGCGUUGACAACCUCCACGCGGAAGCGAAUUCCAUCCUCGUCACUCCACGCCCCCCAGAUGAGUCAGUUGCAGCCCAUCACCAGCCCCAAGUUCGAGCGUUCCAGUGCCGUGGAGCAGCUGGUUCACUCGCGCUGCAGAGUCCUGGGGGUCCCAGGCCGGCACCCACAGACGAGGCUCCUCGUGCUCCCGAGAGAUCAGAGAAACACAAAGGCUCCUUUGCCCGUCCCGCACUAA